AUGCUUUCUUUCAAGGAUAUCAUUAUUGGCUCGGCCAUGCUGGCGGUGGUCCGCGGCCACGCAGCUAUCCUUAAUGCUCAGAGCGACCAGGGCGGUCCGGCUAGUAUUGGUUUCAAGGUCGAUCCCAAUAUCGCCCGUAACUGCACAACUAUCAACCCUUGCCAGCAGGACGCCACUCUCAUUCGCGAUGCCGAGAUCAACGCAAACAUCGUUAACGAGUGUGGACGCACUGAGAUCUCCGGUAACAUCGACAUUGGCGAGAACACCGAGAACGCCCUGGCUGCUCAACAGGUCACGCAAGUCAAGGCUGGCAGCACGAUCCAGGUCACCAUCCACCAGGUCAACGCCGACGGCGCCGGCCCCUUCGCCUGCGACUUGGACCCUACCAGCAACGCCCUCGGUGGCAGCGGCCAGAUCCCUCUUGAGGUUACCAACAACGUUCCCGGCGUGAACGGUUUCUCCCAGGCCAAGGCCCAGCAGUUCAACAUCACCGUCAAGUUGCCCGCCGACUUGGCAUGCACUGGCGCCUCUACCGGAAACGUCUGCACCGUCCGCUGCCGUAACAACGCCGUCGCCGGCCCCUUUGGCGGCUGCUUCCCCAUCCAGCAGACUGAUGUCACUCCCACCCAGAACACCCCUCAGAACAUCAAGACGCUGAAGGACCUCAACACCGUCCUCGCCCAGCAGCAGGGCAACGCCGCCGAUCUCCCCGCCGCCAUCAAGGCUAACCAGAUCGACGGCACUGCCGAGGGCAAGAAGAACAUCGAGACCGCCAACCAGCUUCUCGGCGUUCCUGAUGUCGUCACCAAGGAGUUCCCUGCCUCUGACACCGGCCCAAGCCAGACUGGCAACACCGGCAACACUGGCAACAACAACAACAACACUGGUAACAACAAUAACAACAACAAUGCCAACAACGGAAACAACAACAACAACAACGCCAAUACUGGAAACAAUAACAACAACAACGGCAACGCAAACGCUGGUAAUGGUCGCCAGAGAGGCAAGGCCAACCGCAACGGUCGCCAGGGUGGCAAACGCGCGGCAAAGCGUGAGGAGGGAAGCGCUCUCAGAUGGGCCAAGCGCUACAUUGUGCCCGGAGCCGAUUUCCAGCCCGAGGUCGCCCCAUGA